UUUUUUUUUUUUUCUUUUUUUCCCUUCCCCUUCUAAAUCUUGCAGUGAGGUGUGGAGGAGGAAGGAGGAUCUCAAAGCCAUUAUCUCUUUUUCUGGUUGUUCUGACAUACUGCUGCUGCUAUGCCAUGCUAGAGAGGGUGGCAGAACUUGAGUGUAACCCCCCUCCUCACAUCCCUCCAGGCAAAGGCAGCGCAGUGACCGCCAUUGCCCAGGAGGACUGAGCUCACAAACCGUUCAGUGCUUUUAGCAUCCCAAAAAGAAAGGAUGAUGCUACCUGGACGGAUGCUGGAAGAGCUAAUUCCCCAUGUGACCUGUGAGGGACCUUUCAGACCUCCACCCUGACAGCAUCUCAAGCAACCUGUGUCUGACAUCCUGUCACAUGCUGAUCCUGGGAAAGGAAGAAACGGGUUGCCCCCACGACAGCAGAGCGGUGGGAGAUAGCCUGAACGGCCUCUUUGUAAUUCAUCUGUGUCAAUGUACUCAAGAAACAGAUGUCUCCAUCCACAUGAACUAACAGCAGCUAUGCAAGUUAAAACCACUGUCUUCUACGUUUGCGCGUUUUUUCACAUGGGUCAGCCAGAAGCUGCUACAAAAGGGGUGUAAUAUGGAAAGACAAGUAACAUACUCCAAUCUGUGCAGACUUCCUAGCAUGACGCAUUGUACUGGAGUGGCAGGAUGUUCCUUGUUUUCAGGUAAAAACAAAAAAAACCAGCACAAGUCCCAGAGGAUUCAUUUAUAUUCCAGUUUCAGUUCCUUUGCAGCAUGCAGCCUUGUAGCACAGCAGAGAGAAAUGCCAAGCUUUAAGUUACAGCUGGAGCUGGCCGUACAAGGUCCAUACCUUGUGGUCUGAAAGGCAGGUGGAGGCUGUAGAGUGGCAGGGUUUCCCUACAGGUUUUUCCUUUUGCAGCUUCUCCUGAAACUUGCGGUGCUUUCCUAGGCUAAGCCAAGGAAACAACAUAAGCAGAACGGCAGGUCAAAGACUCUAGCUCAUCUCGGGUGUUCUUAGAGAUCUAAGAUGGGCUGUGAAGCUUGUCAGUCACUCUUUCCUCCAGUGCUACCAGUGUUUUUAUUUGAAGCCAUUUGUUUGUCUAGCUCAUUAUUUUUGUUUGAUGGGGUGGGAAAAGAAAAGAGAAUCACCCUGUGGGACUUGUCCUUCGGUGUAUGAGCCAGAGCAGUGUGGUGAAGUGGAGAGCAGUCGGCUCCCCUUCUGCCCCUUAGUUGACUUGGAGAGUGCUGCUCAGUUAUUGAGAUACACUGCUUGUUCGGUGGAAGCCUGGCUCAGUGGGAUGGAUAGCUGGUGGUCUUUGCUUUUUUUUUUUUUUUUUUUUUUUUUUCUUCCCCUGCUGCUUAAGAAAACCAUCUGCCUUGCUGCAAAGCACAUCAGAAGAGUCUGCAGUCUGCAACUCUCUUCUGGAGGUCUGCUUGAGCUGAAGCCUGGUUGUGUUUGCAGUCCUGAGAGGCCUAAUUGUCAUUCCCUUCUGGCUCCAUAGUGCAAAGCGCGCGCUUGGGGUUGGUAAAAAAAAAAAAAAAAAAAAAAAGAGUAUUGCUUGGCUGAAAUCAAAAUAGCAAGGAGCUGGAGGCAUUCCUCAGCUUUGCUCUGGGCCAGGUAUUCCCUUGUCCACAGCUAGAUCUUGAGGGGAGAAAAGAGCAAUGCAAAUAAAGCAGCAACCAAAAGGGAAUGCCUGUCAUGCCGAUCACAAGUGUCUUGGUUCAUACAGCUCCCCAGGCUGCUGGUGGUGCAGGAUGAGAGCUGGGAGUCAAGUGCUAUGGGGUCAGGGCAGCAGACAAGGUUGGUGCUGUCAUUGAACGAGGUGGGAGCAAGGGAUCACAGUCCAGUACAGAAGAUGGGCUAACACAGUCCAUCCAUGUCCUGAAUCAGACUGAUGGUUUGUUUGGGCUGAACACAGAAGUCAGUUUAAGAACGAAAGUAAAUAAACUUGACAUUUCUGUAACAAGAUGUUGCUGAGCUGCAGUGAGCCUACUUAGGGGCCACACGGUGAAAUCAGAGGGCUUCUUUCUAAAAGGCAGCAAAGCUGUUGCCUUACUUUCCUCAUAGCCAUCUCUUAGUAACUGCCCUGGUCUCCUGAGGGCUUGUUUUAAUAUUACCCUGAGGUUUUGCACACCUGGAGAGGAGGAAAACACCCUAGCCCUUCAACGGGGAAUCUUAACUGCCCAGUAGCACCUUUCAGUACACUGUACCUCUGGGCUGAGUGGGGAGGGAUAGUAACCUUUUAAAAAAGACACCUGAAAGAUCCAUGUGCCACCCUGCUUCCUCUUCAGAACAUGCAACUAUGGCUGAGGACCUAAUGAAUUUUUUUUUGGAUGCACAUCCCCAGUCAGAGAUACACAAAGCUGAAAAAGUGGGAGACUUAAAAGCUCCAGAACAGCAUAGCUGCAGAGUGGCCUUGGAAGAUGACAAGCUGUGUCCUCUGGCAAGUGUUGGCUUCUAAUGGAGGCUCAACUUGACAUCUUCAGGAUUGGGGUAAAGGAAGACACUUCUUAGCCCCAAUCCCAGCACUCACGAUGAGUUGGAAUACCCUCCCUGGGUAUAAAUUGAUACAGAUCUGCUAUGUCCAAGGGCCUGUGCCAGUUUGCCCAACACAGGAUUUGGUGCAUCUCUUCCAAGUCCCAACCUAGAAGCCAAAAGCAGGAGGCCAACUUCCCUGGCCUGUUGUGUUGCUUGCUGAUGCUAAGCAGUUCUCCAGGGCUAAAGGAAACUUGGAAGGUCAGUAGAGAGGCUCCAUGUAUCCUGGCAUGCUGCUCUGCCCAUGGCUCCCGAGUGCUGUGGCUGGGGUUUCCCGAGAGCUCACCACAGCAUAUUCAUGCCAGCCUGAGAGAGAGCCACAAACUGACUCGCCAAGCUAGCGUCAUGCGGUGAUGGAGCUUUGUGAAAGCUAGCUCUGGUCCACUGCUAAUCCAUAUGGUGCUAUUUCUGUACCAACUCAAGGCUUGCUAAGACCAGCUCCAAGCUAGUCCUGUAACGCCCACUGUGCUGGGAAGGAGAGCAAAAAGAAAAACAAUCUUGUGGGCUGAAAGCAUUGUUUUUAAUGUGUUUUUGUGUGUUUCUUGGUUUUGAUUUUCUUUUCGUUACCACCAUGUUGAGCUCUUGGAAGUUUAUAGGGUGACCCCAAGCUGGGAGAGCACAGGUUUGUGGUGGGUGAAGCUCGCUGGGUUUCCCAUGGAGGCAGCGCAGGGGCCAGGGGCUGUCCCCAUGCCAUUGUCAGUGGACACAGUCACUCUGGUGCUUGUUGGACUUCUGCUCAGUGGUUUCAUGGGCUGUGCCAAGCGACUCUUCCUCUGCUCCCAUCCUUGCUCAGCUCGAUGCCACCUGCAAUGCCUUGGAUCUUUGCUUGCAUCUUAGAUUAUAUAUUUUUUUUUUCCUUCUUGUCAUCCAGCAGAGCUAGCCAGUCUGUCUGGGGCAGAAAACAGGGUGGGGAAAACGGGGUGGCUGCGAGAAUGGAGAAGGGCAGGAGGGUUGGCACAGGAUCCCUGUGUCACUCAUCCUGUCUCUGUCUGCUGGCAGGGAGAGGACUGUUGCUUGGUUUGAGGCGAGGGACAAUCAUCUCUCCCUCAGUCCUCCUUUUCUAGCACAAAAAAGCCCAGCCUGUGGAUUUGUGCUUAUAUAGCUCUCACUGGGGGACCGAUGGGAUGGCUGUUGGACCCCAGCUGGGACGAGGAGGAGCUUGGGGGCUCUCACGGCAUGUGUCUUGACUGUGAUCUGAACACAUUGACUAGCUUAAUAAAAUAUGAGAUGUUUGUACCUCUUGUUUUGUGGUGAUUCCCAGCCCAGCCUGUGUUUUUCCUACGCAGUCCCAGAGAUGGGUACAUUUUUUAUAUAAGAAUCCACCUUCAACUGUGAGCUUUGCUGACCAAACUUUCUGCUUUUCAGAAAAAAAAGCUUUGCCAUUCCCAAAUCCUCUGAAUGUUAUUUGACUCGAGUGAAGGAAAGCAUAACCUUGGUUUGCUUUUGAUUUGAUAGGAUGAAAUGUAGGUGGGUCCCUUCCUUAUCCCUAUAGCAGGAAUAGUAUUUCCUUUGUUCCUUUCCUCUUUGCUCGCUGCCUUUGUGGUUCAGGAUGGGUUCAUCCUCUUGACAGGACUCUGCAUGUUGCUGCCCGCAGGAGCGUCCCCAACCCCAGCAACAGUGGGAUCAGCAAAAAUAACUGCAGUGCUUUAUUGGGCGCCUGCUCAGCUUGGUUUUAAAAGGGGGGGUGGAAAGUAUACAUUUUUUAAAAUGUGUGACUUUUAAGUGUUAAUUCGAGGUGCCUUUAAGAGGCUUGGUUUCAGGUGCAGAGCUGGGCAGCAUGCUUGAAGUCAUGCUCAGUGAGGGUCCAUGCCAGGCACUGGCGACUAGGGAAGCUGGGGGUGUGUGUUUUUUGGGGGGGGAAUCUUCCAUUCCCUGUAUUCAUUCACACCAAAGCUCCUUUAUUUUCUCUGCUAGCGUAAAGCAUUGAGCCAGGCACCAAUAUAAUUUACUCUUAGGCUCCAGUUCUUUGGAGGCUGCCAGCAGUGGGAAGGUUGGAGAGGGAGGUUGUGAAAAGGCAAAUCCGGCUUUCAGUCUUUAGUGGGAGAAUAAGCCACGGGCAACUUCUUCCUGCGAGGCGAGACGUGCCCUGUGUCCCAAAGCCACUGCCUGCGGUGGCACAAAAGGGACCUGUCACUGCCAGCUCUGUCCCCUCCAAAGGGGCUGGAAAGGCUCCUUCUAGCUUGCAAGGUCUGUGCCAAGACGCUGCCCAGCAUUAAUGGCCUUGGUGGGGGCUGUGGAUGUGCUACCUGCCCUGUUAACAAACACUGUGUCUCCGUUUUCAAGUUGGCAUAGGCAGCAUGUUGCUGCAAGGAGUGCCCCAUCCGUGGGGUCUGGCCCACACCCCUCACACUGGAAAUGAACUGCAAAAUUUUGCUCCUGCAAAAUUGUAACUCUGAUCAAGAGCUGGGACUCCUGGUCCUCCUACUCAUUUGGGUGCUGAGUCCUCGGAAAGCUGCAGGAGCCUCCCUCUUUCCAGCCCUGCUCAGCAGCCAUUCCCCACCCUCUCUGCACCUCUGCUUCCCACUUCUCCCCACACAGAGAUGGCAUUUCCCUGCGCCGAAUAGGUCCUCACCCAGGGUUUGCUGUGCUUCACGCAGGUUAUUUUGGAGGGGCUUUUCAGCACCAGGGCCUGCAUCCCUGCAUGGAUAGAGCACGCCCCUUUGCAGGCAGGCAGCAAGACCCCAAACGCUCCCACUGACCUGGCAACGCCGGCCAGAGAAACGCAGCUUCCCCUUGGCCAGGGCUGCCAGUGCACCAGAGCCCUGUAUGCAGAUCAGCCUUGCGCCUGUGGCUCUUUGUACCGAGCAUGGUGGAUUUGAGCUCCUUGUCCUGGGGAGCUGUGGCUCCCCACGCUGUGCCCAGCACCCACGGCUGAGCCGGGAACAUGAGCCCUCUGGGGGUAAAUAAAUCCCCAAAGAUGCGGGCUUUGAAAGCAUCGGUCCAGCUCACAGUUCAACCCUCUUCCUGAACCGUGGCUCCAUCUGACUGUGGCUUGGAUGCCUCUGCUGGCAUUUGCUCCCAUGGACUGAGCCUGAGCCACCUCCAGCCCUCCUUGUGCCAGUGGGACGCCAUCAGGUCCCUGUGUGGACCUGGCAGUUGGCUCCACCACCCACCCCAGCUCUCCCAGCUGAAGAGCUCGUUGGCAUUUAAAGUCUGAUGCCUGGAGCCACUUUCCAAUAGUUCCUCCACCGAUGGAGGCACACGUGCCCGUCCAGCAGCACACUAGGGGCAAACCCCCCGCCAUGCAUGGUGAGGGGGUCUUGCACUGGGGGGGGAAUUGGGGGGAUUUCGGCCAAAGCAGGCAGCAAGGCCAUGACAGGACAGGCGGCGUGUCCAGCACAAAUCUCCCUUUGAGCCCCCCCCAGAGAAGCCCUGACUGCCCCUUCCACCAAUGAGCAGGAGCUGCCGGGGAGGGACAUUUUGGCAACUUUCCACAGCCCAGGAAUGCAGCCGGGAAGAAUGGCUGCGAGCGACAGUGGUGGGUCUGAGACCCCUGGCCUGUGGUGGCAAGGAGGGGGCUCCCAGCACGGCAUCACCCACCACCCCAGCAGUGCUCCUCGCCGGCUCCGCUCUCCUGCUCCAUGCAGGGUGGUGGGAAGUGUCUCCGGACGCUUUCAGGUUGUUUUGGUUUUUUCCUUUUUUUCCUCCCCUUGUAAACCACUGGGACAUGGGCUGUGGCCCAGCGCCCCCGCCUCUAGCUCUGAGCACCUCGGCCCCGCCAUGCUGACGAUAAAGCUGCCGCAGAUCUUCAGGGUCCAUCAGGUGCCUCGGAUCUUCUGGGAGGAUGGGAUCAUGGCAGGGUACCAGCACCCCAAGAGCUCAGCCCUUGACUGCAUCCUCAACUCCUUCCAGAUGACUAAUGAGACAGUCAACAUCUGGACACACUUCCUACCGACCUGGUAUUUUGUGUGGCGCUUCCUGGUGCUCUCAUCCUCCCUGGACUUCUGCCAGGAGCCCUACCACUGGCCCCUGCUCAUCUACCUGCUGCUUGUCUGCCUCUACCCCUUUGCCUCCAGCUGCGCCCACACCUUCAGCUCCAUGUCGGCGCGCGCCCGCCAUAUCUGCUACUUCUGCGACUAUGGAGCCCUCAGCCUGGGUUGUGCAUUUGCCUAUGGUGCCUACGCAAUGCCAGACCACUGGGUUAGUGGCGUUUUGCACCAUUACUUUGUCCCCAUGGCUGCUUUUAACUCCUUUGUCUGCACCGGCCUCUCUUGCUACUCCCGCUUCCCUGAGCUGGAGCAUCCCAGGCUGAGCAGGAUGCGGACGGCGGCUUUUGUGUACCCCUUCCUCUAUGACAACAUCCCGCUUUUCUGCCAGCUUCUCUUCUGCUUCUGGAGUAACUGCUCCUGGAAUGAGGCUAUGGCUGGGUACUGCUACCACCUCCUCUUUGCAUUGCUCACUGGAUUCCUCUUCGCAUCCCACUUGCCUGAGCGCCUGGCGCCCGGCCGCUUCGACUACAUCGGACACAGCCACCAGCUCUUCCACAUCUGCGCUGUGCUGGGCACCCACUUCCAGCUGGAGGCCAUCCUCUGUGAUGUGUGCUCACGUCGGGCCUGGCUGCAGGGCCACCUGCCUGCCCCCGGCCUCCCCGGCACCUUUGACACUGCCGGACUGGCCUUUUUGGGCAAUGCUGCCAUCAUCGGCGCCUUCACCGCUGCCUUGCCCCGGGCGCCUGGCAGCUUUGUCAGCCCCCCAGGCGUCCCCACUGAGGCUGGGCGCUGUAGGGACCCAUGAUGUUGUGGGGUGAGUGGCUGGGCUGCAAGGGGCUGUGGGGACCCAGACAUCCUGGCACACCCCAGAGCUCCCCCCACCCCAAGUGUGGGGAGAAUAGGGUAAGGGGCUCAGACACCUGGGGCUUGCUGUUGGAUAUCUUGGAGUUUCAUGAGGUGAAGUGUGUCCCCCUCUCACCCUGGUCCCUCUGCAGGCAGCCAAGCCGCCCACCCCAUCCCCAUCCCCAUGCCUCAGUUUCCCCACCUUUUAAAUACGGCUAAUCAUACUCAUCACUGCAGGGAGGGCACUGUAGCACACUUAUGCUGUAUCUAACCCAUGUAGCAGCCUGCACGGAGGCACCCUGCCUCAGCCCUAGGGCGUGGGACCCCCAAAUCCAUGGACCACUGCACUGGCCCUUUUCCCAGCAGGUUGUGUGUGUGUGUGUGUGUGCGCGCGCGCGCGCGCACGUGCACGCGCGUGCACAUGUGUAGCCAGGAUUGUCACAGCCCAGCAGGGGUGAGCUGCAGUACCAGUGGCCCUGAUGUGAUGUGCACAGCUCCAACACAGUGUGCAUGUUCUUGCUGCAGCAUGCAUGGCCCCACUGCAGCCCAGCCAUUGCUCAGUGUCAGGCACUGGGUCCCUGGGCGCAGCCAAGGGCUGACGGGUCUGGGGCUGGAGGCAGAGCUGAGGGAUUUGGGCUUGAGGUGAGGGUGCAGAGGACUGGCAAAGGGCAUGUUUUGUGGGAGCAGGGGUCAGUGCCUGGCAUGGAGUUGGCCCCAGUGCCCUGGCUGAGCCAGGCAGCUUGGGGCAGGGGUCCUGUGCCAUGGGACCCCAGGAGCCGUGGCCAGGGCCAUACAGGAGAUGAAUGUGGGGCAGGGGAGGUAUGUUGCCCUGUGUGGGGAACCCAGCAGCAACAUUGCAGGUAGUUCAGGGGGAUAGGAGACACAGACCCCAGCAGCCCCCCCAGCAUAAGGCAUGCUCACAUGCAUGUGCAUGCUGGGUAUGCAGGAAGGAAUGUGGCCAGGUAGAGCACCAUGCAUGGGACUAGGGUCCCAAUCUCCCCCACUUCCCCUGCCAACCCCAGCCUUAAUGAAAUGGUGGUUUGCUAAGGCAAUCCUGCCGCUGGGAAGGGUGCAGGGCUCGGGCACAUCGAGCAGUCCCACUGCCCCCUAAUAACCCCAUGCUUGGGACAAGCAGCUUUAAAUUAAACUGGAAUAAUGGUGCAAGUGCUGGGCUCAUUAUUGCCAGGGACAGACACCGGGUGGUGAUGGACACUGCUCUGCCCUGGAGCCUUUGGGUGUUGGGAGAGGGAGGAAGAGCCCGGGGG